AGGGGACAGAGGUAAUUUCUCUCCCUGGGCAGAGCCCCGUUUUCUUUUUCCCACCCCUUGGCUUCUACACACACAGACACGCUCGCUUGCUCGCUCUUCCUCUCUACUGCCUCCUCGCCACCCCCUUUCCUUGUUUUCCCUUUGGGGAGAGCGUCUACUCGACCAAGUGAGCCAGAGAUACGAGUAUACCUCUCUCUCUCUCUCCCUUCCUCACUUUCUCUCUCUCUCUCUCCUGACAAGGAUUAUUCUGAGGUUCGCGCCCCUGUCAGGGUGGGACGCUAGCCCGGCACACAAAAGACCGUCGCUUUUCCGCCCAGCGCCUGCCGGCAGUUCAGGGGCUGCGAACAUCUCUACUCUGGAUUAGUGGCGGGCACUGAGGAUCUCGGAGGGGCAGCGGAAUCCCCCCUCUUUCUCAUCGUCUUUUCCCUGCGUAGUUCUUGCUAAGGCAACAGAGAGGAGAUUCUGAUUCAUGGCUCGCGGGAAAGCCAAAGAAGGGGAUGGCAACUGGAAGAAAUUCAUCUGGAACUCGGAGAAGAAGGAAUUUCUAGGGAGGACCGGAGGCAGUUGGUUUAAGAUCUUCCUCUUCUACCUGAUCUUCUAUGGCUGCCUGGCAGGCAUCUUCAUUGGGACCAUUCAAGUCUUGCUGCUCACUAUCAGCGAAUUCGAGCCCAAAUAUCAGGACCGAAUAGCACCCCCAGGAUUGACAAAUGUUCCCCAAGUCCUUAAAAUGGAGAUUUCUUUCAACCCUUCUGAUCCUAACUCAUAUAAGACAUACACAGACCUACUUGAGAAAUUCUUGAAGGAUUAUGAGAAAGAAAAACAGCAAGACAUCCAUUUUGAGAACUGUGGCACUGAACCUUCUCCUCCCAAAAACAGAGGACCCUUUGAUGGCUCUCAAGGUGGCCUGCCAUCUUGCAAGUUCUAUCGCAGUUGGCUGGAAAAUUGCUCUGGGAUAGAAGAUCCUACUUUUGGUUACCAAGAUGGCAAGCCAUGUGUCAUCAUCAAACUCAACAGAGUUCUGGGAUUUGUACCUAAGCUUCCACUAAAUGACUCCCUCCCACCUGAGCUGAAGGCAAAAUAUAAUCAGAAUGUCAUUCCCAUUUAUUGCACUGCUAAGAAAACAGAUGAAAUUAACAAAAUUGGCCCUGUGGAAUACUACGGCUUUGGUGGUUUUGGUGGCUUUCCUCUACAAUACUACCCAUAUUAUGGCAGGAUUGUUCAGAAGGAAUACCUUCAACCCCUUGUAGCAGUACAAUUCACCAACCUGACUACUGAUAUGGAGCUGCGUAUCGAGUGCAAGGCCUAUGGUCAAAAUAUUGGCUACAGUGACAAAGAUCGUUUCCAGGGACGUUUUGAUAUGAAAAUUGAGAUAAAAAGCAGCUGAUCACAAGCAGAGUUUGGUUCUUCUUUUUUCCUCUUAGCCAUUUAAAAAGUAUAAAGAGAGACAAAAAACUACUAGUCUUGAACAAAACUCAUACAUAUGGGACCUACACAUAACCUAUAUGCUUUACACUAGCUUUCUGCAUUUAAAUAGAUUAGAAUGUAAACCUAAAAGUGUAGCAAUAGUGACAAAGAUAUUUAUUCUACUGUAAAUGAUGAAAAACAGAAUUAAUUGAGCCUUGGGACAUGCCCAUUUCUACUGUAAAUUAUGAUUCCAUAACUGACUUGUAGUAAGCAGUGUUUCUGCCCCCUAAGUAUUGCUGCCAUGUGAAUUUUAUUUAGUGUACAGUACUUUAGGUGCAUUACUCUGGUCAUUUUUCAAGCCAUGUAUUAUUGUACCUGUUUUCUACUUUCCGUGAGCACAGAUUUGCUGUACAAGGUGUAAAUACUCAGUGGGAUUAAAACUGGCACAGUACUUUUUAGUUUUUUCAUUUUGUUUUCAAAAGGUAAAGGCCCAUCUGUGAUUAUUCAAUAGCACUCCAUGAAGCCUACCCCAACCCCCAUCCCUCAGUAGUCUACUAAACUUAGUGUGGUGGCAGGGAAAAAUUACUUUAACUUUGAAACAAAGCUAUGGAGAGUAGGUGAUCACGUACUGUGCUUUGUAGCAAUUGGUGUCUUUUUCUUUUCCCUUCAUUCUACUAUGUUUUGAGAUUGUGUGAGAGACCUAUGUCAGCCUACUACUCUCAUCAGUGAUAGAAAUAAUUAUUUUGCUUUGUAUAUUUUCUUCUUUUCCUGUGAGAAGCAUCACAUGCUGUGGUGCUGUCUUUAUUGAAUGUUUUAACCAUUUUCAUGGUGGAAGAAUUUUAUAUUUAUGCAGUUGUACAAUUUUUUUUCUGCAAGAAAAAGGUGUAAUGUAUAAAAAUAAACCAAAGCCACAUGUCUGAAAAUAAAUCUUUAUUUUGAACUUUGAGAAGCAAUGCAGUUACCCCAUCAAUUGGUGUUAAAUGUUGUCUAAAGUGCAAAACUCUAUGUUCUAAUAUAUGUAAUAGCCAGAAGUUCAGUGCUCUUGUUGGCCUUGUAUUUCAUUCAGGUUAAACACUGGACAAUAAAUGGAUAAACAUA